AGAUAAACCCUACGGUCGUGCCUUGCUGGGAUCAAACCAACCGGCAUUGCAAAGGCAUCGGCAGCAACAACACCGGUUCCGCGUUUAUCCGCAAAUCGACCGCCAGCCAGACCGGGACAGUUUCUCCCUAUCGAUACAGCACCAGUCCGUGCGCCCGUGAGCGAUGCCGCUAAUCAUCCCGAACGAAGUUUGGCACCCGGGAAGAGAAUAGACGCGAAGAGUGUGUGUGCGUGUGUGUUAGUGCGUAUGUUGGAAAGUUGUGUGUGCAGAGUAGCAAUCAUCCAAACCCCGCAAAAGCCCCGUCCGCUUGCACGGCCACCGUUGGUGUUCAUUUGCUGUGCGCGCUCGUUAGUUUUUAGAUGCAGUGAAGUGUUGUUAUUUUGGUGAGAUAUAGUUAGCAUUUAAGUCCUGCAUACGGUCGCACAUCGCUCGUUGCCAUUGGGUUGUCGUUACGCGGAGAAGUAGCAGAAACAACAGCAGGAGCAGGCAGCAUGAGCCACUCGAGAAAUUAUAAUUACUACGAGCCCUCGAGGUCCCGCAGCCGGGAACGCAGCUACCGUCGAGAGUAUCGCGACGAUUCGGAACGCUACAAUCCAGGCACAUCGGAGUCGGGCCGCACACCGGCCGAUUACGGUGGCUCCUCGUCCAGUUACCGCAGAAGCUCGCACCAUCGAAGUUCACACUCCACCGCACACUACCACGACCCACCGGCCUCCUCGUCGGCAUCCGGCGGGGCGCACGAGUGUUCGUCACACAGCGGCGGCUCGUCCGGCAAGGUCGUGCUGGCCGUGUUCAAUCUCAGCGUGUACACCACCGAGGCGGAACUGUACGAUACGUUUUCCAAGUUUGGUCCACUGCGAAAGACGACCGUGGUGCUGGAUGCAAAGACGGGACGCUCACGCGGAUUCGGCUUCGUGUACUUCGAGAGCGCGGAAGACGCCAAGGUGGCCCACGACCAGGCGAACGGCAUCGAGAUCGGGGACCGGCGGAUACGGGUGGACUUUUCCGCCACCAACAAACCGCACGAUCCGACCCCGGGCGUCUACUACGGCAAGGUGUCCCAUCCCAAGACCGGAUACGGCGGCCAUUCUUCCCACGGUAUGGCCAGCUCGCACGGCUACCACCAUUGCAGGGCGUGCGAGGUGGAAGCGCGGGAACGCGAGCGAUGGGAACGGGACGCGAGAUCAAGGGAGCAUUACUACUACUACGACAGCUAUUCCGGUCACGACCGCAGUCGCAACCGUUCCAUGACGGGCCGGUCUGGCAGGAGCAGCGAUUACUAUCGCGGCGGAACCAGCAUUCGCUGACAGUGGUGGACUUCCUCCAACCAUGCACCCAUCGCUGCUGGUUGAAUCGGUUAAGGAAACGAGAAAACAAAAGAAACGCACCAUAAGGAGACAGGAAAGAGGGAAAGAGAGAGAGAGAGUGAGAGAUCGAAUGAGAGCAGUGUGCGGGCAAGUUGUGUCCCUCUGUGUUUGCAUAUUGUUACGUCGCGGUGCGCACAAUAAGGAUAAGGAGGAUUGUUAAGAGAGUAAAGCCUAGCCAAAAAGGGACAGAACCGGAAUCUUGCACCCCGCGUAAUGAUAUUAUGGGAUGCUGCGUCUGGAGAUGCGCAUGAAACGGGACGCUAGGAGGGUAGCAAGGGGAGGGCGACGCAUGCAAAACUAGAAUAAGACACGCAGAAGUUCCGGCGAAAUACGCGUCCAUAGCGCCCGUACGGUGUAUGAUUAGCGUCCUCCCUCCCUCCGGCCUGGUUAUGCGUGCGUGUUCCGUGUUUGUAGAAACAGGUUUGUAGGGGCCGUUGGUCUAGCGUGCGCCCCAGAAGAAGAAGAACCGCAUAUGCUUAUAUCCUUUUUUUGCGAAAACGGUGCGUGUGCGUGUGCGUGUAUGUGUGCGGUGCGAUGCGUAGCGUGUUAAGGAAGAGGGUCGGUUUUAACUUUUGUUUUUCUUUGCGAGUCCAGUUCCACAGUUCAGGCAAAGGAUUCUCGAUCUCACAGUGACCGGCCGAUAUAGGAGGAAGAGAGGUCGGGGGGCAGAACUGGAUUUCUGCCCAACGAUCAGAUGCGUAUGCGCGUUAUAAUAGGUAUUGUUAAAUAAUGUUCCUUUUUUACCAUACUUCCCUGUGUCUGUCUUUAUGUUUCCUCCCCAGCGCCUCCCCACACAUCCCCCCCAUCCCGUUUUAUUAAUGAUUUAUACGUACGCGUACACACGCACACGCACACCAAGAGACACACAUCAAUGCUAGAAUCUAAUAAGUUAUCAGUCCCGCAUCGAUUCCUUACCCAAACUGCGGUUGUCGUGUCCUGCCCGUGUGGGAGGUUGUUUUCCUUUAAAAAAAAAUAGUCGGUGCAUUUUAAAUUGUUACUGUUUCGUUAUGCUUUGUUUGCGGAUGUGCGCCGUGUUACAAUUGUGCAGGAAAAAACGGAGAUAUAUAGUGUAAAGUAACAAGGGGGAAGAGAAAGAUGACAAACUAACUCUAAUGUCUAGAAAGAAUAAAUUAAUUUCAAUAAAAGACUUUAAUAAGAAACCAA